AUGGCGAUCCAAAAGAAGCACGGCAAAGGCCGUCUGGACAAAUGGUAUAAGCUCGCCAAGGAGAAGGGCUACCGAGCCCGAGCUGCCUUCAAGCUUAUCCAACUUAACAAGAAAUAUGGCUUCCUCGAGAAGAGCAAGGUCCUCAUCGAUCUUUGCGCUGCCCCAGGUUCGUGGUGUCAAGUUGCCGCCGAGACGAUGCCGGUCAACAGUCUGAUCAUCGGUGUGGAUCUGGCCCCCAUCAAGCCCAUCCCUCGAGCCAUCACUUUCCAAGGCGACAUUACCACCGAGAAGUGCCGAGCCACCAUUCGCCAACACCUCAAGACUUGGAAGGCCGAUACCGUUCUUCACGAUGGUGCCCCCAACGUUGGUACCGCUUGGAACCAGGACUCUUUCAACCAGGCAGAGCUGGUGCUGCAAUCCAUGAAGCUGGCCACCGAGUUCCUCGUGGAGGGUGGUACCUUUGUCACCAAGGUUUUCCGAUCCAAGGACUACAACCCCUCCUCUGGGUCUUCAACCAGCUCUUCACCAAGGUCGAGGCCACAAAGCCCCCUCGUCGCGAAAUGUGUCGGCCGAAAUCUUCGUUGUCUGCCGCGGCUUCAAGGCUCCCAAGCGCAUCGAUCCCCGUUUCCUCGAUCCCCGCUCCGUCUUCGCGGAGUUGUCCAACCCACCCCGAACAACGAAGCCAAGGUGUACAAUCCCGAAGUCAAGAAGCGUAAGCGUGAGGGUUACGAAGAGGGCGACUACACUCAGUUCAAGGAGGUCACGGCAAGCGAGUUUAUACAAACGACGGAUCCCCUCGCCAUCCUAGCCAACUGCAACAAGCUGAGCUUCGCCCAGCCCGCCAACGGCGACGUUGCCCUCGCCGCGCUGGACAAGCUCCCCGAGACCACCCAGGACAUCCGAAACUGCUGCGAGGACCUCAAGGUUUUGGGCAGGAAGGAAUUCAAGAUGCUUCUCAAGUGGCGGUUGCGCGUCCGCGAGAUCUUUGGCUUCGCUACCAAAAAGGCAGAGGACGCCGCCGAUGAAGUCGCCGAGGUGGAGCCCAUGGACGAGGAGCUCAAGAUUCAGGAAGAGCUCCAGGCUCUCAAGGACAAGGAAAGUGGCAAGAGGAAGAGGGAGAGGCGCAAGGAAAAUGAGCGAAAGCAAAAGGAGAUUGUCCGCAUGCAGAUGAACAUGAUGGCCCCCAUGGACAUUGGCAUGGAGCAGGACGGACCCUUGGGAGGAGACGGAUCCAUGUUCAGGCUCAAGACCAUAGACGAGGAGACCGAAGCCUUGAGACACAUUGCCCGCGGAAAGAUGGCCACCAUCACCAAGACGGACAAGAAGCCCGUGGUCGAUGAUGAGUCGUCCGGCGAGGAAGACGAGACCGAAGACCGCCUCGAGCUGGAGCUUGAUUCUCUUUAUGAUCAGUAUCGGGAGCGAAAAGCCGACGUCGAUCCCAAAUUCCGAGCCAAGCGGUCGCGUGAAGAGCACGAUGACGAGUGGGAGGGCCUUUCCGCCGCGGGAAGCGCAAGCGAUAUUAGCGACGACUCCGAGCUCGAGGAAGACAGUGAAGACGAGGGCGCAGACGACGAUUCCAACAGGAUCAAGAAGUCGCUCCUAACCGACCUCGACAACGAACCCGUGGAUAGCGCUCUUUCUAAACGAGCGCGCAACUUUAACCAAGACAUCUUCAAGGACGUCCUGGGCGAUGUUCUCGGCGAUGAAGAUGUAGCGAUGGCCGAUGCCCCUCAAGAAAAGAAGCAAGAGAAGAAGAAGGACAAGAAGAAGAAGGCCGAGGCUGCCACCAAGGAGAAGGCCAAGGCUGCCGAGUACAACUCGGAUUCCGAAAAUAGCGAGGAGGAAGACACCUUUGAAGUUGUGAAGAAAACCGAAGAAGACGACUGGGAAGACGAGGAUCGGCGCCGGUCAGAUGGCAAGAUUGACAUUGAUAUUGUCACUGCCGAAGCGAUGACGUUGGCCCAUGAGCUCGCAACGGGCAAAAAGACUAAGAGUGACAUGGUUGAUGAGGGCUUCAACAAAUGGGCUUUCCGUGACCGUGACGGCCUUCCGGACUGGUUCCUCGACGACGAAACCAGGCAUGACAAGCCUCUCAAGCCCAUCACCAAGGCGGCGGCCACGGCGAUCCAGCAGAAGCUGCGGGCCCUCAACGCGCGACCCAUCAAGAAGGUGCAGGAGGCCAAGGCGCGCAAGAAGUUCAAGGCGGCGCAGAAACUUGAGAAGCUCAAGAGGAAGUCGGAGCUGCUCAACGAGGACGAGGGCAUGACGGAGAGGGAAAAGGCCGACAGUAUCAGCAAGCUCAUGGCCAAGGCCAACCAGAAGAAGCCCAGGAAGCCCAUCAAGGUGGUGGUGGCCAAGAACACCAACAGAGGUAUCCAGGGCAGGCCCAAGGGCGUCAAGGGACGGUACCGCAUGGUGGACCCUCGCAUGAAGAAGGAGCUGAGGGCGCAAAAGAGGAUAGCGAAGAGGAAGUAA